AAUAUCUCUUCGAGCGAAUUUUGUCUUCCGGGGAAGAAGCCGCUCUCGUGGUCCAAAUGCAAUUAAAGCGGCGCUGCCUCAGCCUGCUAGUUUCGCUGAAUUCUUGCAAUGUCCUCUUCCAGCAAGAGGAAAAGCAAGAAACGGCAUCUUUCGGAAAAGGACUCGACUCUUGACGAACGAGACGCAACCCAAGAACACCUCGGGUGGCAGAGUUUGUUGGCUGCAGACUUUUUGGACAAGGAAGAUGACAAAGUUCCCAAAAUAUAUAGAGGAUCUUUUGUGCAAUUGGCGCUCAACAACAUGAAGCUGGCAAAUAUUUCUAUAGGGCGUCCAGUGCUGCUUACCAGUACAAAUGGGAAGCAAGAGGUUUGCACAGCAUGGCCUGUUGCAGGCUUCCCUGGUAAAAAAAUUGGCUUAAAUGCAAUUACACAGAAGAAUCUAAAAGUGGUACCUGGUGAUCCGGUCUUUGUCCAACCUGUGACUGGUGCUGUACUUCAGGCAGAGGAAGUGGAAGUAAAGCUGGAGGUUAAAGAUGACUGUAUCAGUACUGAAGACUUGUCCAUUAGCCUCUUAAGAAACUUAGAUGGAAAGAUAGUAUUGCCAGGAAAUUUCCUGCAAAUUACUUUCUUUGGCCGAUCUUGUGACUUAAAGGUUACAAAGGUGAAAGGAAUGGAUGAUGUGUUGCUGCAAAUGCAAGAUGUUUUAAAAACACCACAGGAACGAUCACUGGAGAAUUUGGAUAGCCAUCAUUUCAAUUUAUCAACUGAGCUUGGAAAACUAGUAAUAAGAGACAGUGAAGUAGCUACCAGUACUCCAUGUAAGCAUGAGGAUCAUAACAUAUCCAUGAAUGAUUCUUUAAAUAGUGUGGAGCAUGAAGCAUUGAGUCCUGAUCCAGCAGAGAUACUUGAUGGCGAUGGGUCUAACCUUCAUUCUGAAUCAAACAUAUCACAAGACUGUGAGAAAGGUUUUGCAGGUGAAGAAUUACCUCUGGCUGAUAAAACAGGAUUGUCACAGAAUUCAGAAACAUUUUACUUCAUAUCGACAAGGACUAGGGUCAGUUUCAUUCAACCGCAAGCCAAAGUGACAGAAGAAUACAAUCUUGAACCAAAAGUUACUUACGAUUCAAUAGGUGGACUCAGUAACCAGCUGAAAACUAUAAAAGAAAUGAUUGAACUUCCUUUGAAGCAGCCUGAUCUAUUUAGGAAAUAUGGAAUCCCAUCUCCAAGAGGAGUGCUAUUAUAUGGUCCUCCGGGUACAGGGAAGACCUUGUUAGCCAGAGCAAUUGCAAAUGAGGUUGACGCUAACUUCUGUACAGUUAAUGGUCCAGAAAUAAUAAGCAAAUUUUAUGGAGAAAGUGAAGCCAGGCUACGACAGAUAUUUUCUGAAGCCUCUUUACGGCGACCAUCCAUUAUAUUUAUUGAUGAAAUUGAUGCACUCUGUCCAAAGAGAGAAGAAGCCCAGAACGAAGUUGAAAAAAGAAUUGUAGCUUCAUUGUUAACGCUGAUGGAUGGCAUUGGAUCAGAAGAUAAUCAAGGGCAACUCUUAGUUCUUGGAGCUACCAAUCGCCCUCAUGCACUAGAUUCAGCCCUGCGCAGACCAGGACGUUUUGAUAAAGAGAUAGAAAUUGGAGUUCCCAAUUCUCAAGAUCGACUAGACAUCUUAAGGAAGGUUCUCAAUAAAACUCCCCACUCAUUGACAGUAUCAGAUUUGAGUCAACUGGCAGACAGUGCCCAUGGGUAUGUAGGAGCAGACCUAGCAGCCCUGUGCAAGGAAGCAGGAAUGCAUGCUUUGCGGAGAAUAUUUCAUAAGAAAGAGAAUCUCCUGGAUGAUGAUGUGUCUGUAUCUGUAAUUAUUAAUCGCAGUGAUUUUCUGCAGGCAAUGAACGAUGUCAGGCCCAGCGCCAUGAGAGAGGUGACAAUUGAUGUACCCAAAGUAUCCUGGUCAGACAUAGGAGGGCUGGAAGAUGUUAAACUGAAAUUAAAGCAGGCUGUUGAAUGGCCACUGAAGCAUCCUGAAUCUUUCAUUCGAAUGGGCAUUCAGCCACCAAAAGGAGUACUGCUAUAUGGACCACCAGGAUGUUCUAAAACCAUGAUUGCAAAGGCCUUGGCUCAUGAAAGUGGUCUAAACUUCUUGGCAGUAAAGGGACCUGAAUUGAUGAACAAAUAUGUUGGAGAAUCUGAACGUGCAGUCAGAGAGAUAUUUAGGAAAGCCAGAGCUGUUUCACCGUCCAUAUUGUUUUUUGAUGAACUAGAUGCCUUGGCUGUAGAACGGGGGAGUUCUUCAAGUUCUGUGAAUGUUAUGAACCGUGUCUUGGCACAAUUGUUGACUGAAAUGGAUGGGAUCGAACAGUUAAAGGAUGUGACAGUUUUGGCAGCUACAAACCGGCCAGAUAUGAUAGACAAGGCAUUGAUACGGCCUGGUCGAUUUGACAGAAUUAUAUAUGUUCCUUUGCCUGAUGAAGCCACUCGCAGAGAAAUCUUCAAAAUUCAGUUUUGUAAUAUGCCAGUAUCUUCUGAGGUCAAUCUGGAUGAGCUUGUCAUACAAACAGAAAAGUAUUCAGGAGCAGAGAUAACCGCAGUUUGUAGAGAAGCUGCUCUUCUUGCACUUCAAGAAGAUAUUGAGGCCAAAUAUAUCAUGAAGGAGCAUUUUCAACAAGCUUUGGUUGUUGUGACUCCUAGAAUUCCAGAUUCCCUACAGAAAUUUUAUGAAGAGUAUCAGCAGCGGAGUGGAUUGCAUUCACUGUGAGAAAGUGAUUAAUGAACAUAUAGUACGCAACUUGAUUUCUAGAAAAUAAGUAGGGUUUUUUUCAAAGAAAUGUGUUCUUUCAAUUCAGAUAUGUAAAAUGAAUUUUAUUAAUAAUUUUUGAAUAAAAAUAAUUAGUUUUUGAAUAAAUAUUGCAGAAGCUUUUGAAAUAAAAAAAUGAAGUGUUUUGAAUAAAAAUAAACUUGAGAACUGUGUGAAAGCAUGAUUGAAACAUCUAAAGCACACCAUGAUAGUGCAUCAUCAUGCCAAAAGAGGUAUGUGUACAUGGAAUGGAGAGGAGUCGCUCAAAAUCCUAGGAUUUUCACUUUGAUGACACUGUAGUCCUACAACUUUGCCAUAGCAGCACUCAUUCAUUUCCCCAUCAUCACUAUCACUAACUAAAGGUUUCUUAUAAUCUAAAUUUCCUUACCUUUUUCAGAGCUGUCAUGUGCAGAGUGUAAGUUGGUUUUUUGGCUGUCCACCAAAUGGCUUUUUUCAAAUUAUAUCAGUUUAAAAGUGGAUUUUAACAUUGGAAAUGUUAAUUUCUAUUCUUCUCCAGUUUAUAAAGAUUGUUUUGGAGCUCUAUAUCAUGGGUGUCAAACUCGCCACAUCACUUGACGUGUCGUGACAUAUUACGACUUUUUUCACAUUGCUGGACCUGGGUGGGCGUGGCCUCUGUAUGAUACAGCCGGCCCGUGGGCCGGCAGUUUGACACCCCUGCUCUUUAUAAUUCCUUUUUUCCCCAGUAUAAAAAAAUUGGUAUCACCAAUGAACUUAUGGAUCAUACCCAGUUUCAGAUAAUGCUUUAAACCACUUCAAAUAAUUAGUUUUAAAUGGCUUUCUAAACUAUUUGUGUAAUGUCCCUGCAAUUUUUUCUGCCUUUCUAGUUCUUUAAUAAGUUAUUAUUCUACAAGAUGGCUCUACACAUUGAUUAAAAAAUAUUUGGAAAACAUUGAAUAUUAAUCUAUCAUACUGAAGAUGGGGGUGUACAAAAUCUUUGCUAGUCUGUGGAACAAAAUAGACAUAGUUUGUUAGUUUUUUCAAGAUUAUUCAACUGUAUUAGGGAUAGCUGCUGCUUACCAAAAUGUAUGCCAAAUAAAGUUGGUUGUUUUUACAUGUACUACUUGCUCACGUCUACAGCUGUUUAGUAUAUGAACCAGAUCCCCAUGAUAGUUAACACUUUGUCAAAUAAUUCUAAAAAUUUAAUUUACAAUUAAAUUAACUAUGAUAAUCUUUCUCCUUGAAAGAUCUGUUUUUCCAGAUUGUUGACAGUAUUUUCAAAAUAAUGCUUACUACUGUUUCCACAACGAUUCCACUACUUAGACAGUAAUUUCUAGAUCCCUUUUCCAGAUAUCCUUUUAAAUAUAAUAAAGAACCAAUUUAGUCAGGUGAUUAAGACACCUGCCUAGAAAUUAAGAGAUUAUGAGUUCUAAUUCUGCCUUAGACAUGAAAGUCAACUGGGUGACUUUGGGCAAGUCACUCUCUGAACCUAAUAACCUCUCAGGGUUGUUAAUGGGGAAAAUAGGAGGAGGAAGCAAUAUUAGUUAUAUUAGCUACCUUGAGUUAUUUAUCAAAGUAACAAAGGUGAGGUAUAAAUAAAUACAAUAAUAAAUAAAAAUUAUUAUGUAAACUAUCCAGACUUGUAGCAAUGAGACAAAUUUUCUAUCUUGAUUUCAUCAAGAAAAAAAGCACUACAAAAUUAAUUUUUGUAACUUUUUGUAUUUUUUAAGUUUAACUACCAACCAAAGAUAUACAAUGCUUUGGUCAUAAAUGACCUUUCAAACCAUCAUAUGGAGUUGUAUGCAAAUUUCAUAUAUGUCAAUGUUAUACAUAUGCUCGUUGUUAGCUUCUGUUUCAGAAAUAUAUUGAAACGUACAGUUUGAUCAGAUAUUCUUGAAGUUUUUUAUACAACUAAAUAUGCUCUUCUAUAUCCUAAGCUCUUUUAUGUUUUAAUAAAGUUUUAUUGCAGGC